ACUUUUUCUAUCUCGCGGUCCUUUCUUCCCGAGUGGAGGACCGGUGUUUCCUGGCUGCCACGCGUGGGGCGUACCGGCUGCAGACGGCUGGAAGCCUUGCUUUCCAAGGGCGCGCGUGUGUGCGCCUUGCAUUGAAUCACGACCACGCGAAGGGUUCCUACCCCUUUGCAAUGCCUUGGGCAAUCACCAUCAUCCAAAGAGAAGAACAGGAGUGAAAAUCAGACGCGACGGAAACCAAGAGCAUAACAAGAAGAGAGAAAAGUCGGCUAAAUCUGAUUUGCAGCCGCGUCAUUCAGGAUACGGCUCCGUGUCUUUCUGGCGCUGCAAGUCAGCCCUGUAUCUCUCCUGCCGUGCCUUAACGGCUCUCUCUGGGAAGUGACCUAUCCCUCCCCCCCCCCUCCAGCCAAGAUACACUGCAAAUUUAGGGAAAGAAAAAUUGGAUCCAUGGAGGUAUAUUUCUAAAAGAAAAAUGAAGCUGUCUUCUUUUUUUGCAGGAUUUAUCCAGAAGAUGAACCUAUAUAAAGAGGAAAUAGGCACGGUGAUCCCUGGGAUGGUGGUUUUUUUUUUCCCUUGCCUUUUUAAUGUUCUUUUUAAGAAUACUUGCCUCUGUCUUUUAGGCAAUCUGGACUAAAGCUGCCUGUGAUUAUUGACAGAAACGAAUUUAUCUGUAGAAGCAGUAUGCUGAAUAAUAGGCUUCUGUGAACAUUUUCCCUUGCUCAGCCUGGACGGUGGUCUUGCAGUUAAUCUGGAAAGAUGCCUUUACUCCUCAAAAGGGCAUUAUAUAUCUCCAUCAGGUGUAAGAUGUCCCACAAUGCUACUUUUCUUUCGUAUCUUUCUCUUCGGACAGAAAAACCUUGUCUACCUCAUGCUGUUCCCUCAAGGAAAUAUUGCUCCAGGUCAAACAAGGAUACAGUGGAUAUGUCAUUGUUUCCUGCAGAAAAUAUUAGAAAUUUUAGCAUAGUGGCCCACGUGGAUCAUGGAAAGAGUACGUUAGCAGAUCGCCUGCUGGAAAUAACAGGAGCCAUUGCCAAAACCGGCCAUAAUAAACAAGUGCUGGAUAAACUGCAGGUGGAACGAGAAAGAGGAAUCACAGUCAAAGCCCAGACGGCUUCCCUCAUUUAUAACCACCAAGGAACCAAUUACCUCUUAAAUCUCAUUGAUACGCCUGGUCAUGUGGAUUUUAACUACGAAGUGUCGCGAUCUCUGUCGGCUUGUCAAGGAGUCCUCUUAGUGGUAGAUGCAAAUCAGGGUAUCCAGGCUCAAACUGUGGCCAAUUUUUACCUCGCCUACGAAGCCCAACUCUCAAUCAUUCCUGUUAUAAAUAAGAUCGACCUCAAGAAUGCAAAUCCAGAGGUGGUGGAAAAUCAAAUUGAGAACACCUUUGAUAUUCUCAAAGAGGAUUGCAUUAGAAUUUCAGCUAAACUUGGAACAAAUGUUGAAAGAAUACUUCAGGAAGUCAUUGAAAAGAUCCCUCCGCCGGCAGUUAAUAUCCACGAGCCGCUGAAAGCCUUGGUGUUCGAUUCUACUUUCGAUACUUACCGAGGGGUGAUUGCAAACAUCGCACUGCUGAGUGGAGAAAUUCAUAAAGGACACAAGAUCACAACUGCUCACACGAAGAAGAUUUACGAAGUUCAUGAAAUUGGGAUUUUGACGCCCAACGAGCAGCCAACCCAAAAGCUAUACGCCGGCCAGGUUGGAUAUAUGAUCGCUGGGAUGAGAGAGAUUACGGAUGCUCAAAUAGGAGAUACGGUCUAUUUGCAUAACCAACCCGUGGAGCCGCUUCCUGGGUUUAAAUCUGCCAAACCCAUGGUCUUCGCAGGAGUGUUUCCAACGGACCAGUCUGAAUAUUCCAACUUGAAAAGCGCCUUAGAAAAACUGACCCUCAAUGACUCAAGUGUUGCUGUUCAAUGUGACAGCAGCCUGGCUUUGGGAGCUGGGUGGAGAUUGGGGUUCCUUGGCCUUCUACAUAUGGAAGUUUUUAAUCAGCGCUUGGAGCAAGAACACAACGCGUCGGUCAUCUUGACAGCCCCCACCGUUCCAUACAAGGCAAUCCUUUCUUCUCCAAAAUUGAUAAAGGAGUAUAAAAAAGAGGAAAUCACAAUCAUAAACCCUGCAGAGUUUCCUGACAGUUCCGUGGUGAAAGAAUACCUGGAGCCAUUUGUGUUAGGCACUGUGGUCACGCCUAAGGAAUAUAUUGGAGAAAUAUUAGCUCUUUGCCAGACACGAAGAGCCGUUCAGAAGGACCUGGUGUACAUUGAUGAACAGAGAGUCAUGAUGGUUUAUCUCUUCCCACUGAAUGAAAUUGUAGUGGAUUUCUUCGAUGCAUUGAAAUCCUUAUCGUCCGGCUAUGCCAGUUUUGACUAUGAAGAUGCAGGAUACCAGCCUGCGGAUCUCGUCAAAGUGGAUAUUUUAUUGAACGGAAAAGCGGUAGAAGAGCUGAUAACCAUUGUGCCUAGAGAGAAAGUCUACUCUGUUGGUAAAGCCAUGUGUGAACGAUUAAGAGACCUUAUUCCCAGGCAAAUGUUUGAAAUCGCUAUCCAGGCAGCUCUCGGAAACAAAAUAAUUGCCAGAGAAACGAUAAAACCUUUUAGGAAAGAUGUUCUGGCAAAAUGUUACGGAGGCGAUAUUACCAGGAAAAUGAAACUUUUGAAGAGGCAAGCCGAAGGGAAGAAGAUGAGGAGAAUUGGGAACGUGGAGGUGCCAAAGGACGCGUUCAUCAAAGUUCUCAAGAAGCAGCUCGACAAAUAGACGUUGCGCUUCUUGAUGACCCGUUGACCCAGCUGUUUACAAACUGGGUAUUAUCCUGAACUUGAUCCCAUCUAUCCGUGUAUAGAUUUGACACCAUCCUACUGCAAUUGUUCAAUAAAGCAGCAAAGCUGAGGACCUAAAA